AGAGGUCGGACCCACAGCUGCUUGCCCAGUUCUACUAUGCGGACGAGGAGCUGAACCAGGUGGCCGCUGAGCUGGACAGUCUGGACGGGCGGAAGGACCCACAGCGGUGCACACUGCUCGUCAGCCAGUUUCGCUCCUGUCAGGACAAUGUGUUAAACAUCAUUAAUCAGAUCAUGGAUGUGUGCAUCCCCCAGGACCGAGCCCCGCGGGAUUUCUGCGUCAAGUUCCCUGAGGAAAUCCGGCACGACAACCUGGCAGGCCAGCUGUGGUUCGGUGCUGAGUGCCUGGCUGCCGGCUCCAUCAUCAUGAACCGCGAGCUGGAGAGCAUGGCCAUGCGCCCCCUGGCCAAGGAGCUGACCCGCAGCCUGGAGGAUGUGCGGGGCGCUCUCCGCGACCAGGCGCUGCGGGACCUCAACACCUACACGGAGAAGAUGAGGGAGGCGCUGAGGCACUUCGACGUCCUGUUUGCCGAGUUCGAGCUGAGCUACGUCUCUGCCAUGGUGCCCGUGAAGUCCCCCAGGGAGUACUACGUGCAGCAGGAGGUCAUCGUGCUGUUCUGCGAGACUGUGGAGAGGGCCCUGGACUUCGGGUACCUGACCCAGGACAUGAUUGACGACUACGAACCGGCCCUCAUGUUUACCAUCCCCAGGUUGGCCAUCGUGUGUGGCCUCGUGGUUUACGCAGACGGACCCCUGAACUUGGACCGCAAGGCAGAAGACAUGUCCGAGCUAUUCCGGCCCUUCCACACAUUGCUGCGGAAAAUAAGGGAUUUGCUGCAGACCCUGACCGAGGACGAGCUUCACACACUGGAAAGGAACCUCUGCAUUUCCCAAGACGUGGAGUUCCCGAUCCGGGCAGACACUCAGGUGCCCCCAGCCCUGGCACCGGCCUUCCCCUCACCCCUACCCGCCGAGGAGCUGCUCUCGGCCAAGGCCAAGAACCCGGAGGCGGAGCUGGCCUGCUCCAUGCAGUACGACGACCAGGAGCUGGAGCAGCUCAACCGCAUGGUCCACAGGGCGGGGGACGAGAUGUCAUCCCUCCUCUCCCCGCCCAGUGCCUGCCAGUCCCCCGCACGCCGGCCAGGGGUGGAGGGCAGCCCCCGUGGGGAGGCGUCCCCAGGCAGUGCACGGCUGCGGCCGGGCAGUGACGAGGAGGAAGGAAGGGUGUUCUUCAUGGAUGACGUGGAGGGGGCCGCAGAGGCCCCGAGCGGCCUGUCCGGGUGGGCGGGCAGCGCCAGUGCUGACCCCCAGGAGAGAGGGCAGGGCGGGGGGCGCAGAGAGGUGGAGCAGGGGGACCUGAGCAAUAACAACGACGUCCCUCACGACAAGAUGUGGGCGCUGGGCCCCAACUCCUGCAGCUGCCUGGACGGGCAGCCGCACCUGGAUGGCUGGGAGGGGGGCGUGGACGCCGCGGAGACGGCCGAGAUGAUCGCCCACCGGACCGGGGGCAUGAAGCUCUCAGCCACCGUCAUCUUCAACCCCAAGUCGACGCCCACCGUGGGCUCUGCCGUCACCGCCACAGAAGCCUCCAGGGACGGUGUCUCCCUGUCAGAUCCUGUGGCCGAGGGGACGGACGGUGGCUCCCACAAACUCAGCACCGCGGCCACCAGCUGCCUCCUUAACUCCUGUGUGUGCUGCGGGGGCUGUGGGGGCGGCAGGGAGGACCCUGCCGCCCAGAGUCUGCGGGACAAGUGUGGCCCGGGAAGCGUCAUCAGCACCUCUGACCUCGGCUCUGCCAAGGCCAGCGCCAAGGGCCCAGCCCAGAGACUGGAGGAGGCCCAGCCUGUGCUGGAGGCACUGCCCUCAGAGGACGCCCCCAUUUCCAAGUGCCUGACACACACCUCGGGGCCCCAGCUGGACACAGCAGACGGGUCACCUGGAGCAGGCAAUGGCACGGGUCCCACAAGGGAGCCUCAGGCUGGACUGCAGGACAAGGGGCAGCCUUCGAAGGCCAGGGUGGAAAGUCAGCAGGGAGAGGCGGCCGAGGAGGAGCCUCAGUGCCUGUCGGGCUCCAGCCUCCACAGUGCAGGGUCCUGCUAUUCAGAUAAAUCCCAGCCUCCCUCUGCACCAGCCGGGCUGGAGGCCGCCCCCUCGGCCACAAGAGAGAAGAUCCGGUCCAGGUUCCACGGCAGCCACGACCUCAUCCACCGCCUGUUUGUCUGCAUUUCAGGGGUGGCUGACCAGCUGCAGACAAACUAUGCCAGCGAUCUGAGGAGUAUCCUCAAGACCCUUUUUGAGGUCAUGGCCACCAAGCCCGAAACAGACGACAAGGAGAAGUUAAAGAAGGUCACCCAAAGCCUGCGGAGUGCAGCCUUGGAGGACUGUGCCCUGUGCCAGGAGACCCUGUCAUCCUCUGAACUGGCAGCCAAGACCCGAGAUGGGGACUUGGAAGAUCCACCGGAGUGGGUCCCAGACGAGGCCUGCGGCUUCUGCACUGCGUGCAAAGCGCCCUUCACCGUCAUCCGCCGGAAACACCACUGCCGCAGCUGCGGGAAGAUCUUCUGCUCCCGCUGCUCCGCGCACUCGGCGCCGCUGCCGCGCUACGGGCAAGUGAAGCCCGUCCGCGUGUGCACGCACUGCUACGUGUUCCACGUCACGCCCUUCUACAGCGACAAGGCGGGCAUCUGA